AUGCCAAUGUGUUCAAUGAACAUGCUGUGGAAUACCCAGAUUGUUGACACUUGCAUAGUCUUUCGCAGCUGGCAUAUCAGCACCAACACGGCGUUCGUAAUCUCUUGUCUGGCUAUCGUGGCGCUCGGUGUCCUCUACGAGUAUCUCCGUGUCUUUCAAAAGCUAAUUGACACUCGCAUUGCUCUGUCCCUGGUCAAGGACAAGAGAAGCCGUAGUAGAAGUUCUAGCGGUAGAAACUCCCCUGAAAUUCCUCUGGAAGAGGAGGGCCUCUUGUCCGGUAGAGUGUUCAAGGCAAAGGUGACAGGUGUUCCGGUUCCCUUGCCUUCACGCAUUUUUCGUGCUGUUUUGUACGGAAUAUCCGUUUUCCUAUCGUUCUUCCUCAUGCUCGUUUUCAUGACUUAUAAUGCAUACCUCAUUCUUUCCGUUGUGCUGGGUGCCGCUUUAGGGCACUUUAUCUUUGGAGACAGUGUAGAUCCGGAUAGUAUUCUUAGUACAGACGGAAAGGGAAUGGCUUGUCAUUGA